AAAAAGGCGAAGCAGAAUACCAGUGGCAGCAAGCUGCUCUAAGAAUAACUCAGGGCCUGGGGCUCAGAAACAUGGCAUGAAUCUAACAGCACCUAAUUAGAUUCAGAACUUCACACACAAAGUAUUUUCACACAAAUACGAUUUAAAGAAUCGAUUUUUAGCGGUUUGAAGUCUCUGUCCACACUGUAAUCACGUGACUCCAGCAGCAAAUUUGGAUCGUGGGAUAAAAUUACCUUCCAACUCUCUCUCCCCUCUUUCUCUUCCAUCGUCCAUCAGUCCUCGUGGUCAAUCUAAUUCUGUCAGAGCGGGUGGGGUGGGGGGCUGCUGGAGGCUGGCUGCUCUAUCCACAAUCCUAGCCCCAACCAGGCAAAGGGCGAAGGCAGUGACCACCUAAACUUGGUCUCUGUCUGUCUCCCCCGGCCUCAUCCACUGGGACGGAAGUCAGCGCUCCAGACCACCUCACUUUCUCCUGGACCCAUGAAAAGUUUCUGACUUCUGGAAAAUGCAGAUUUAAGCAAUCAGAGUGGAAAAAAGAGGCGUAAACUUACCAGCAGUUGUUCAGGUUUUCAACAUAUCCUCAGCACCAGCACCAGGAUGUUCCUCAACUGGAAUUAAACACCGGGAUUAAGUGUACAGAGGAUCUACCGUUGCUUUUUUUCUCAUGGCAACAUAAUCUGCACGAGGGAUUUACUGUUGGAACGCAGUUUUUAUUGUGAAACUAUGACCGAAGCAGUUGAAGCUCGGUCGUCGGCCACCACCACCACCAUGGUCAUCGAAGGUAAGAACGGAGACGUCGGGACGCCGUCUGUGCGGUCCAAGAAGACUUUUACAGAUGACCUCUACUCGACCUUCAGCUCCCCGCUGGCCUGGAUCCUGGUUCUGGCUCUCAUCAUUACGUGGUCUUGUGUUUUUGUCAUCAUGUUUGAUCUGACGGACUACAAGACAGUUUCAGGUCGUCCUCCUCCUGCCGUCAGGAAGGUUUUAAAGGAAUCAGGCCAUAGAGGAGGCCUCAGCAAGAUCGGCUCCGACCCCAUGAAGGCGGUGAACGACGCCGUGGAGGGAUCAACAAACCUGAUCAGUGCCGUGUUAAAGUUUGCUGCCAGCCUGAUCGCUCCUGAGGAAGAGGAAGGAAAUCUAUACGCCGUGAGAAAAAAAGGAGAAUUCCUGCCAUCCCGAAGUAAAGUUAUAGGGAUGCAAGCAAAGAUGAAACGUCCAGCAGUUGAAGUUGUGGAGGAGGAAGAAGUGGAGGGAGAGGAGGAGGGAGAAGGGGGAGACGAAGUGGAAGCUGCUGGUGAGGAAGAAGAGUAUGCAGAAGAGGAGGAAGAACUAGAGGAGGAGUACGCAGAGGAGGAAGAGGAGUACGAAGAGGAGGAAGAGUAUUAUGAGGAGGAACAGGAGUAUUAUGGGGAGGAAGAAGAAGAAGAGGAAUACGAGGAGGAGGUAGAAGAGGAUGAGCAAGAAGGGCCAAGAGAGGAAGAGGAAGAGGAAGAGGAAGAGGAAUCAGAGGAGGAGGCGGAUGAGCAAGAGGAGGGAGAUGAGAAGGAACCAGAAGCAGCUGCAGGUGAGACUGAGGAAGAGAAAGAAAAAGAUGAAGCAGCUGAAGAAGAGGCUGACAAAGAUGGUGAUGAUGAAGAGGAAGAAGAGAUGGCAGAUGCUGCUGAUGAAGAUGAUGAAGUUUCUCCUGAACCUGUCUCCUCUUCUGAGGAUGAAGAGUCACCUGAUUCCGAGUCUGACGCACCUGUUGAGGUCAAGGGCAGUGACAAAGAUGAAACUCUGCCUGAUGAAGAUGAUGGAAAAGAGGAACAUGAUGAAGAUGAUACCAGUGACGAUGCAUUCACUGACACCUCGGACAUUAGUGAAUCUGCACUUACUUCCACUGAGGAGGAAGAAGGGCUGGAUGACGACGACGAUGAAGACGACAGAUUAGCUGAGGGUGUCACAACGUCUGAUAGCGAUGAUGUCAUUGCAGAAGACACCGAUGAUGACCUGGAACUUCAUCUUUCUCCUAUUUCUGCUGCUAGUGAGGAUGAUGAGGAUGUCAACAUUGACGAAUAUAAACUUGUUGAAGAGGAAGAUCUCCCUCCUUUGCAUGCGGUAGAAGAUGAUGACGAAGAGGACAUCAAAGUAGGUGAAGAUGCUGAUGUGGACCAGGAUGAUGAUCUGGACCAAUCAGAUGAGGACACCUCCGUUGCCUCUUCUGAGCACUUUGCAGAUGAUGAAGAUGAUGAGGAAGACAGUGACCUCAAAGAUGACGACCUUGACCUUGACAAAGACCUUCACGUUGAUCUCAGGGAUGUUGAAGAUGAGGAUGACACACUUGAUGAUGUCACCGACGAGGACAUCCAAGAUGAUGAUGAUAAAAAAGAUGAAGAGGAGGAGGAAGUUGACAUCCCGCUCUUUGAGAGCACGGACAGCGGAAUCUUAGGUGAUGAAGAUGAUGAUGACGAGAUCACUCUUAAAACGGACGAAGAAUCUGUCGGAGACACUGUGUUCAGUGAUGACGUCUCCUAUGACACGACCGACGAUGACGAUAAAGAUGAUGAAGACAUCGAUGCCAGCUCAUUUGAGUUUGCUUUCGAUCAAGAGGCAGAGAAGGAGAUCACGGGAGCAUUUGUUGACACUGAGAAAGACGAUGAAGAACUCAAAGCAGAGUCCUUAGUGAGUGAGGAUGAAGAAGACGAUGAUGACGAUGAAGACAAGGAAGAUGAUGACAUCUUGCUAGCAGCUGCCACUGCAGCGGCGUUCACCGUCCAGGAGGAGGCAGUAAAGCCAGAGGGAGACACAGAAGACGAGGACGAGGACGGGGACGAGGACGAGGUCAAACAGGCUGCUGAUGAAGAUGAAUCUGAGGACGCUGACGCUGAAAAAACUGCCACCAGUCAGCCUGCUGCUCGCGAGGAGGAGGAGGGUGAGGGAGAAGAUGAAGGGUCGACAGCUGGACUGAAGAAAACCGUGGACGAACCCGAAGACAAAAAAGAGGAGUACGACGAAGACGACGAUGAGGAGAAGGCGUCGGUGGAUGUGAUCAAACCGGUGCCUGAACCUGAGGAAGAAGCACCAAAGUCUGAGCCCACAGUGUGUCCCUGUAUGCAGUCUGCAAAGGCCAAAGAGUCUGUCACCAAGACUGCAGCCAAGAAAGAUGCUCCUCGGAGGGUUUCAGCUGUGAGAAGGAGAAAAGAGCAUGAUGCCGUGAAGACAGACGACAAGCCAAAGAGGACUGCUCUACCCAGAGUUGCAGGUCUGGGGCCAAAAAUCAGGAGGAUCAGAAGGAUUCCCACCAUCCUCAAAGCCAAGAAAGAGAAAAAGACCAAAACUUCCAAAACAGAAAAGGAGACCAAGAAACAAGAAGAAGUCCCAGAAUCUGGACAAGAAGUUGGCCCCUGCAGACCUGCACCCGUCUACUGCCCCUCUCCGCCUGGCUGGUACGUUCAUCACGUGGUCACAGACAACCCGUACCCUCCUCCGACCAUGUCAGCUCCCUCUGCUCCUGUUCUGACUGUUCAUCCUGGAGCUCCUCCGAUGCAGCCUCUCUACCAGCACCAGCCGCCUCCGCCCAUGCAGCCGCUCUACGCUCAUUAUCAGCCGUAUCAGCCGCCAGCGCAGCCAGCGAUGCCUCCUCUACCAGAGCCAACCCAGCCAGUCCCACCAGCUGAGCCAGUGCAGCCAGAAGCCCCAGAGCAAGAGUCUCCUGACCAGCCUGAGAUCCAGACUCCAGCAGCUGGAGCUCAGCCAGCUGGAGCUCCAGUCCAGGAAGCAGAAGCUGUUGAGGAGGAAGUGAAGGCUGCCUCCACCAAGAAAGCUGCAAAGAAGAAAACCAAGGCUGCUGAUUCAGAAAAAGAGCCGGCAGCGGGCAAAGGGAAGACAAAGAAAGAUGCUGCUGUUCCCAAGGACAAACCCAAAGUACACAAAGAACCAACAGCAAAGAAAGACAAAACCAAAACUCCUGUGGUGACUAAGAAAGAGUCAGCUGGAAAGGAGAAAGCUGCUGCAGCUGCUAAGAAAGCGCCUGCAGCUGCUCGGCAGAAGAGGAAAUCAGCUCCUGAAAAGACAGAAGCAUCACCGGUCAAGAGGAAAGCCAAAGCGUCUGCUGCCCAGAAAGAUGCAGAACCAGAGCGACAGCCGAUCAGACUGAGAACGAGGCUGGAGGCUGUGAGCAGGGCCAACGUAACCUCUGAGGCCAAGCAGGAGAAGCCUGCCAGACCUUCAUCUCCACCAGCCAAGACAAGAUCAAAACUGCUAACAGAGAAGAAAAGCAAAGCUGAGAAGGAAGAAAAGAAACCCGUCCAAGAGGCUAAAGAUAAAGAGAAACAACAAGCCAAGGAGCCGCGGACUGAAGACAACACGACAGAGAAGAAGAAACCAGGCCAGAGAUACUUCCAGUGCAUUUACGUCCCUGGGAAAAAUGCACAGUACCCCUUGAGACCUUUCACCCCUGCCAUGUCCCCCACCAUGAUGUCCCCUGCACUCCGGUCCAUGUUGGAGCAGCAGAGAGCAGCGAGGACGUCGGGCCAAUAGGACGACCUGAACUCUCCCCUCAUUUCUCUGUAGCACUGCAUUCCCCCCUCCGUCCAGCAGGGGGAGACGUUUUAAAUCUGUGAAGUCCUCACGUUCUGAGGAAAAUCACAGACACAAGUGGACAGAACUAUUUUGUCUUUAAUUUACUUAAGUGUUAGUGGUUGAGCUCCUGGGGCUUGUGUUGAUACUUCACCCUCAGCUGAUGCUUCGCUGUAUUUUGUUUCGCUAGUCGUCCCUGCCAUCAGCUGCUCGUCUCUUAGAUAUAAAAUCAUGACAGACCUAACAAGGAGGCAUCCAUGUGAAUGCUCUUAACUCCAUAUCAUGUACAUAAUGCAUACAUUAGUAAUUUAUGCUGAAAUGAACACACACACACACACACACACCUUGGCAUAUUGUUUUUCAGUUUACGUUCGCGGUCCAGUUUGAAGUACCAUUUCUGUUAAACAUUCAUGCACUCACAAAACAACUGUGUAAUAAUUUUGCUUUAAAAGAGACUUUUUAAAGACGCACAGCAUAUUUGGGAAAGUAAAAUAGUGCAAUUAAUAUGAAACUCAUAAGCUCGUUUCAUGUUUAAUGGAAAUGAAAUUACAAAGUGAUGAAGACAUGGUUUGAAUGUGAUUAAAUAUUACUUGAACGGGACAUGUUGCUUA